UUAUUUUUAAUUUUUUGAUGUAUGGAAAUGCUCGUAAAUCUGAGUGGGAUGUCGACAUAUGUAUGAAAUAAAACAGAUAAAACAUUAAAGAAACCCCAACAAAUAGGGCUUUCUUGAUUCUUUUUUCAAAACUUAUAAACACACACACACACAUAAUACAGAUGAAUAUUAAGUUGAUUUCUUUGGCUGUUUGUCGGAAAAUCUAAUCAAGAUCAGGCAAUUAUUUAACAUGGGUUUGGUGGGAUUGUGUGGAAUUUGUGCCAAAAUUAGCUUUUAAGUUGGCAAGAAUGUGAUCAUAAGUCAAGAAUAGCUUUUUUUUUUGCUGCUGUUAUAUUUCAAGACUGCUUUUUUAAUUUGUUUUCUUGAUGGAGAUGAAAGAAAAUAUGGAUGAUGGGGAGAUUGAUCUUUCAAACCUUCCGAAUCCCGAUUCUUCUAGAAACAUCCGGGCAUCCUUUUCGGAGGAUUCUUCGUUUCUCGAUAAUUUGUCGAGAAUUAAUGCACAAGUAUGUACACACACCCAUAUAUGCAAUCCGCCGGGGCCCGAUGCUCCGCACACGCACACGUGUCACCACACCCACACAAAUUUUAUCCCGUCUUCGGACGAUAUCGCCCUUCACGAAAAACGGACCCCCGUCUCGAAACCUAGUAGUAGACCUUUGGGUAAUCGAGAAGCCGUUCGAAAGUAUCGGGAGAAGAAGAAAGCGCAGGAGGCUUACUUGGAGGAGGAAGUUAGGAAAUUAAGAGAUGCGAACAAGUUGUUAGUGGCGAAAUUGCAGAGGGGCCCGGUUCUUGAAACGGAGGUUUUGAGGCUUAGGAGACUUUUAGUGGAGAUAAGAGGAAAAAUCGACGGUGAAUUGGGCGACUUCCCAUUUGGGAAAAAGUGUCGUUCGGGAAAAUCGACAAUGAAUUAGGUGUUGAUUGCGAAGCUAAUACUUUACGAAAUGUAUCGGAAAGGAAAAGUUGUUCGUGCCGUCUAGUUCGCAUAAAGAGGGCAAAUAAAUGUAAAGGCAAGUUUGUACUAUCUCAUGACGCUUAAUAAUCUUUUUGUAUAUUAUGUAGUGUGGUUACAAAAUUUAUGUUUGAUGUUUGGUUAUAAAUUUUUUGUACAACAAAUGUUUGGAUCGAUGUUCUUGUCGAACACUUUCUAUGCUGAGCUCGUCGCACUCGCAAUGUGGACCCCUUCUUACA